AUGCCGUCCACUGCGUGUUUUCGAGAUAUUGCAUUUCCUGCCAGGUUCAGUUACAUACCUUAUGUACAGUGCUUCGUGACUGCUGCGGUGGGCAUCAACAUCAUCGGGCAUGGCUGCGUGCUGGGCUUCCCAGCGAUCCUGCUGCCGCAGCUGCGUGAGCCUUCCUCGCCCAUCCAGCUCACCAAGGAGCAGGAGUCUUGGAUAGCAUCAAUCACCGGCAUCGUAAUGAUGGCGGGUGCCUUCAUCAUGCUUCACCUCAUGAGCUGCAGCCGCAAGACCGCGCACUACGCUGUCAUCGCGCCCGUCGCUAUUGGCUGGGCCAUCACCAUCGCUGCCACUAGCUUUCAGGCAAUAUUCAUCGGAAGGAUGCUCUGCGGAUUAUCUUUCGGAAUGCUCUACCCUCUCCGCUCCGUCCUGAUCGGAGAAUACACCAGCCCCAAGAACCGAGGGGCUUUCCUGACAACGGUGUCCCUCGCGCAAGCGUUUGGCAUCUUCUUCGUCCAUCUGCUCGGCUCUCUACUCAGCUGGAAGACCACCGCUAUCAUCUGCAUGUUCUUCUCAAUUAUCAGCUUCGCUAUGACAAUAUAUUGCCCCGAAUCUCCCAGCUGGCUGGCCUCCAAAGGACGGUAUGACGAUUGCAGAAAAGUCUUUAAGUGGAUGAGAGGUGAUGACGAAGAUGAAGAGCUAGAAGCCAUGAUCCAUGCCAGAAUUCUGAUGGAAAAGAAAACCAUCGGUGAAAGCGUUAGACAGAAUCGCUUGAAAAGUAUCAGAGACACCAUAAAGAAGAGGGAAUUUUAUUUGCCGAUCAUUGUAAUGAUCCACGCGAAUGCCAUGCUCCAGUUUUCUGGUGGAACGACGAUGGCAGCUUACUGCACGAAGAUUUUAACUCAUCUCAUGGGACCCGGAGCGAACAUUCACCUCUGGAUGGUUGUGCUAGAUAUUCAAAGAAUCGUGUCAAAUUCUGCAGCAGUUUAUGUCAUCAAUAGAGCUAAAAGACGCACCAUGAUGUUUGCUACAGGCGGUAUAAGCGUUUGCAGCCAUCUGGCGAUUGCUGUUUAUGUGUAUUCCAGAAACAAGAAUUGGAUAUCAGGAGAAAGCGUUGUGUUGCCAGCAAUUCUCAUCAAUCUUCUAUAUUUUGCUGUUUCAACCGGAACGGUUCCUCUCCCGAACGUCAUUGCAGGCGAGGUAUUCCCGCUGGAGUACAAAGGCAUAGGUGGAAUGAUAAGCAUGGUCUCUUUAUCUGGGUGCAUGUUCCUUGUCCUCAAAACGUUCCCUGGAUUGGUGGAUAGUGUGGGACUGAAUGGAACGUACUUGAUCUUUGCCGCAGUUCUGUUUUACAACCUUGUUGUCGUUUGGUUCACGCUGCCCGAGACGAAAGGAAGAACUUUGCAGGAGAUUGAAGACGAGUUCAGAGGGAAACCGUUGGCUCCCGAAGAGAUUGAAGUGAGGAAAUCUAUGCAAGCAGAUCCUGUGAUGAUUUUCAAGAGGAAGGAGUCAGAAUGGACUGGCAGCGCAGGGUUUUUGAACGAGUGAGGUACAGAAUAUUCGGCUAAUCUCAGCUGUGCCGGAUCACGUACCUACUCUUAUAACACGCGUCACAAGUUGAUACCAAAAUACUCAAAAUAUGUUAAGCCAAGAUGACACGAUAAGAUGACCUUAUCUGUUACUUGCGUUACGUAUUUAGUUUAAAGAUGAUUUAUCUUUGUUUUUUGUAUGCUACGAGUUGAUAUCAUCUUUCUUAGCUCGGAUGGAGUAUGACGAUAGACAAAAGAAGGCUGUUGACAUAUACACUGCCACUUUUUCAGGGCAUCGUGACCAAAUGAGUUAGACGAUAGAUGAGUUACGAAUCCGAGUUCUCUUUUUUCUAUUGUUUGUAAACACCUUUUCUCUAAUCUUUUUAUAGUCUCAAGGGAAACAUGGGUAUAUUUUCCGUAACACCAUACAUAUCAUUUGCUUUUGAUUGUUACUAAUUUCAAACCAUUAACUUACAUCAAUUUUACCAUUUCCAAUAUCCGAAUAGGGACCUGUUAAAUAAAACCACAAAGUAUUUUUCUAUAAUAUUCUAUAUUAUUUGGUACACAACAGUCGCCCUGUCCAACCAUACGUGGUGAGCUAGCCAGUAACGGUCGCAAUGGCGACAAAAUUUGGAAAAUGUACAAUUUAAUACAAAAUUUGCUAUACAAAUGGUCGCGGUGUCUCCAGUAUAGUUGCACAGGCGAUGUUCGCUACACUCUGUACACGUUUCAUACAUGGGUUCAGCUUCAGAUCAGACCGGGUUGUGAUCGUAAUCGAAUCGAGAUCGCAUCGAUUGUAAUUAACAAAUCCGAUUUUUUAUUGUCAGAUAAAAUGUAGAUAAGAGUUGUAAAAACCCUAUCAUCAUAUUGAUUUGGCCGAAUGUGAUUUAUCUGACUACAAAAUAUCAGAUCUCAUGUGAACAAUUUAUCAAAUUAGAACUUCCUAUCGCUAUAAAUUUACUACCGAGGCCAUUGAUAAGAAAAAUUAUUCACUCAAAAAUUUUAUAGAAAAAACUAUGACACCCUAUAAUUGGAGGGUGACGAACUAAUCUUGAUACUUGAACGAAACAGAAACGAUCUCGAGUCGAUCCGACCGCAUGACAAUUCGAUCGGACAGCGCGCCCGGGGGCAGAGAUCAAACGAACGGGUAAUAAAAGGCCAGGUGACUCGCUACUUACAAUUUAACAGCCAAUUUCUUAAAUGGCAUGGUUUCUUACACAAAAUAAAAAAAAUAGUUGUCUAAAAACAACUGUCUGUCAACAACGCAAAAACGUAACAAUAUUGACUAUUCUCACACCAAUAAGAACUAGAACAGAUUAGCAAACAAGAUUUGUCGUUAAGGAUCAAACAUACUUGCUCCUUGUAUUCGAUAUAACACGAUGCAACAUUCGUACUCGUACAAAUUAGAAAACUCUUUAUUUUAAUGAUGUGUAAGAAACCGCGCCAGCACAAAACCUAAAUCUAUAACAAUCCAAAACUUUUAAAUUUAAUAAAAAAAACUUGGACUAAAUUAAGAAAUGGCUCGCGGCAUCCGCCGUGGUUACCUGUACAUAAAUAAAAGCUUUCUUUUUUAAGCGUUUAAGUUCAUUUUCGCUUACAAAAGAAUUGUCAUUGGGCUCGGAAUAAACAGCGAUCGAAUAUAUUAGUGGAAAUCUAUAUAAAGCCUCCUAAUCACGAGUCAACAUUAAAAUAUAGUUUUUAACAUCACAUUUAAUACAUUACAGAUGUCUAAAUAUCAAUGCUGAUUGAUUAAGAAUUGAUAUUACGAGAAACUAAAACAUAUUAAACGAUAUAAACGUGUAUUACAUUUACUUAGAAAGAUUAAUGUAACUUAUUUAAGUUAAGCAAUCAAAAUUAGAUCUAUGUAUAGUAUAGUCGAUUUAAGCUGAAAAGGCCAUACAAAAUGUAAAAAAUAAUCUAUCCGUACAAUAAAUUAUUACCAAGUACCAGAAAUAUAAGUAUUACACCGUAUAAAGUGUUUUCUUCGUGACACAAGACUUUAAUACCAACUUCCACUGUUCUGAUUCUGAUACUCUCGUUUGCCACACCCUACGUUACGACGAACCGCCAAAGCUCUUAUUUUAUUACACUAACAAUGAUGCGCACACGCGCAAAUAUACAACACUGCUACAUAUUUACAAAUUCAAUACAAAAUAUCUUUCAUUCUUAAAUCAUAACUGAAAACGCACCAACAAUACUUCAAGUCGAAUUUAUGAGUGUUGGUGCGUGAGAGGAUGCCUUAACGGUUAAGGCUCCUACACACAGCUGCGAUUCUGUUUCAUGAUGUAUAUUUUUAAUAGAAGGCUAAGAAGCGAAACUUUGUGUAAGAGCCUUAAGACUUAUCUGACAGAUAACUUGUAUCCAAAGUGCAACUAAAACUAAUGCGUCAAUAAAAACACAUUUCCACACUAGAUAUUAUAACUUAAUAUAAACAA